ACCCAUUUCACAUAAUGUACCUCUUUCAGAACUUUGCAUCCCUUUUAACUGCUGUAAAUGCAUUGUCAUUUAAAUAGGAAUCAAUCACAAAUAUAGAACGUUUUCCUGACUUUAUAAAGCCAUAAAACUCACCUGCUCGGCCCUUUAGGCCCUUUCACAGACCCAAAUGACAGAUUCCCCUACCCUUUCUUAUACUUCAAUGAGUAAAAUCCCUAGCCUUUAAUAUACCUAAAGUCUGGAAAAGGUACCCUUUCGGGCGGAGCCUCUCCGUAUAGGCCAUUAAUACGUAGUAACCCCUCCCUUCCCAUCGGGGUUCGUGAGCCAAUUUAUGGCCAUUUUAUGGGUUAUUUCAUAACCGGCGUACUUUCUCUAUAUAAAUCCUUUCCCCUUAUAUGUUCAGUUUCCUGGGAUGGGCAACUAGAGUUUUAUGGGAGUAAUUCAACGGCACUUAACUGUCUAGUAAUUUGUAUUCUUGUUGUAGUUUAUUGAAGGAGAAACUCACGACCAUUUGGAUCAUUCAUAUGCUGAACGAUUCUUUAUGAACAUGCCAUUUUUACACAGCGAAAAUUUGGAAGAUCAGGUAUUAUCAGACCUUAAAAGUUACAUGUAAUGCUGGGGAGUGUUGGGAGGGAUAGAGGUACAUGAUAGAGUAGCGCGGUUAAUAAAAAGAAUGAUGGGCAGUUUUUUGUCAUUUUACGGUCAAUAGAUUCCGGUAGAAAUUGGUUACUUAAAGUUAAUGAACAUAGGUUGUUAGAGACCUUUAGAUUCGAGGGCGAGAUUUAUCGCGUAUUGUAUCCCUAGACUGAAAUUGACACUCUGGAACGUCAACCUCGUUUCCAGGGCUUUUUCCCUCCCAUUGUCUUAGGGAAAAAGUCUUGGUAACGAGGUUGCCUGGAAAGCUUCUUUGUACUUUUUUGCACUAGACAAGUUAGCGCGGAUAUUUUGAUUGAAGGAGGUUAAGCCCUCUCCUGAUAGAAAAAUGAAAAAAAAAAAACUUUAAACGCUGGUUCACGCACGUGCACUACUUAGUAUUAAGAAAAUAUCGUAUUGGUAGUCGUCCUCGUCUUGGAAUCUCUAGGUCUCUAUUAAUAAGAAAAUAGUUUCAAGGAAGUUGACGUAAAAGUUAUGAAAAACUCAUACUUGCAGUUGCCACGGUUUGAAAGGUAGUAAUUGCAACACAUAGCUUACGGACACUACAUCUGAGCGAACCCCAUACUUGUUUUAAGGUCAUUUACGAAGUUGUGUUUUUUAUAUCCAGAUUGUACACAGAUAUCCACAGUACACUUUUAUACCUGUUUGGUUAAAGUUCAUUUAGCCUUUGCUACCUCAUAAUAGGCUGGAGAUAUUUGUAUUUUAAACUGCAUUUAUUAGUUAUUUUUUGGGGCCGUAGGUCUUUUGUUGAUCCGUUAUGCUGUUCAUUUUUGCUUGGUUUUGCCCUUGUUUCUAAGGUUGGUUUUGUCUAUCUUAUAUUUUCUUGGACUCUUGCCCUCUCGGGGACACGAGAUAUGGCGUGACUCUGUGAGUGUUUGAGUUCAAUGUUAAGGCUCUAAACCAGAGUGUGCGGGAAUUUUACGGCAGAGCCUCUCUGUUCGUUGCGCCGUACUGACGAGCCCCAAAAAGGGCGAAACAGCUAUCUACGGCUAAGACCCCGCUCUGUUUUUGGUUCUUUUGGUGUCGUGUUGAUGUCUUGCAAAGUUAAUUUUCACCUAGUACGAUCAGCUUUACAGGAUUCAAUUUGGAGAUAUUAGUAGCCUGCUAGCAAUGCAAGCUACUCGUGUCACAGUGAUAUGGGCAUCGCCAUUCCCAAAACCCAAGUGAUAUGGGCAUCUCCUGUAACCCUGACCCUAACCCUAACCCAUGCAUUCAUCGCGAAAGUAGCUUUUCAUUUUGAGUGUAGAGCAAAGCGAAAGAACGCGCGAGCGAGAGGAAAAGCCGUGCGCGUUGCACUUGCCCGUGUCUUCCCACGAUAUCCCUUAAGCUAUCUUAUAAUGGGCUGGAGAUAUUUGUAGCCUGCGAGCAAUGCUUAAGGGAUAUCGUUGGAAGUCACGGGCAAGUGCGAUGUGCGCGAGAGCAAGGACGCGCGCGGCUUUGCCUCUCGCUCGCGCGUUCUCUCGCGGUUCGCUUUGCUUGCCACUCAAAAUGGAAAGCUACGUCCGCGAGGAAUUAGUUUCCAUUCGCUUUUGCCCACGCACGAAUACUCGUUUUAAGUUUAUUUGAACAUACUGCUGCCUAUUUUUGACAAUUAUUUACAGGAGGUCUCAGUGAAAUUAGCGUCCAAGCUGGCGGAAGACUCCAAGGGUUCAGAAUUUGAAGGAAUGGGCAAAGGCGUUCUUGAUUUCGCUACACGUCACAAGGUACAGUUAAUAGUCUUCAUUUUAUUUGCUCCUUCUUCCUUUCUUCUUUGGGAGGCGAGGAAAGGGACUUUGCCCGUGGCUCUUCCCCGAAAAAAAAACGCCUGAUCGUAGGUUAUAACAGGCGUAGCGUCAUUUAGCCAAUUACGAAGCGGAUCAGUCAUAGAUGUCUUUUUUAAAGAGAAAUGCUAAACUGCGACCUCAUUCUCAUUACACUUUCCUCUCAGAGAAUUAAGUUGAACUUAAGAUACAUUAUAUUACCUUUUUUUUGCAAACGGUUUAGCCUUGGCGCGGCUUCGAUGAUUAGGUAGAAAUAGGGAGCUUUACCAUCACGACGGUGACGACAAGGACAAUCUCAAAAAAGAAAAAAAAACAACUGUUUUUAUGAGCAAAACAACAGCUCUGCACGUGCUCGCUUUUUAGUAGAUUUCCUUGACGUCCAUGGAACGACUACAACGUGAAACCAGGAGGACGUGAACAUAGGACGACGAAUUUUCCUUUCUCUUUUUUAAACGGAAUAAAUUCCUCAAGAAUUCAACUCCAGGAGAAAUCGCCUAUAUUUGACAAAUUAGGGAGCUUAAGCUACGACGACGGCGAAAACGGCAAAAAAGCGAGCGAUUUUGAUCGGCAAAACAGCAACUCUGCACGUGCAUCACGCUUUUUUGUACAUUUCUUUGCCGUCACUGCACGACUACGACAUAAAAACGCCUAAUUUCACGUUUUGUGGAGGACGUGAGCACAAGGCAACGACUUUUCCCUAACAAUGGUACAGUUUUAAGAAUUCAACUCCAGAAAAAAAUUGCCAACAUUUGACGAAUUGAACGAGGUGGAAUAAGCGCGAUUAGGUUUGAGGCAGCGCGACUUCACUAUGUAAGUGACGUUUUCGUAGCCGUCGCCGUCGCCGUCGUUGUUGCUUAAGCUCCCUUUUCCGGGGAACAGCCUGUGCUGUAUACAUUUCUUGGCACGGUUUUCGUGUUUUUAAGCAAAACUGAAUCUUACUCUGUGUGUGUUAACAGACUGAUUAUUCAAUAAUAUGGUAGAUGUUUAUUGUUACAGGAGGUCAUUGACAAGUUUGGAAGAUAUCCACAAAGGAACAAAUCGUUAGGAAGGGAAAAUACCCCAGAAGAAGAGGAAUUUCUGAAGAAUGUUCCUGACCGAUACAAGUGGUGAUUGAUGAUAGACAGCGAAAAAACGAACAAGCAAACAAGCAAAUAAACUAGGAAACAAAUGCUGUUACUCUGACGCAUCGAAUAUAAAAAUUUACUUGUUAUUACUAGGGGCUCGGCUGUCUCAAAACUCCAGUGGUAUAUUUAUAGUAACCUCGUAUACUACUACAUGAGAAAUUUCUGCAAUUUGAUUGGUUUAGAGCAGUGGUAUUUCAGCUUAAUUUGAAAUACCUACAUGUGAAAAUUACAAACCUUUUGCGGGUAGUAGUAUAAACAAAUAAUAGCAUGAUUUGUACAUGAUAUUUGGCAUAAAUACCACUCAUGAUAUUUCAAAAUUGUCUCAAAUUUCACUCGUCUAACGGCUCGUGAAAUUACGUAUAACAAUUUUGAAAUAUAACUUGUGUUAUUUAUGCCAAAUAUCACUACAAAUCAUGCUAUUACCUAUACUAAUACCAGAGAAUUGUACAAUAUUACAUACAUAAGGCCACUCUUUUUUGAAGCAACCAGAUUUUGCGAUUUUUGCUUUUUUUUGUUCAGCGAAUCGCAAAAUUUUGGUGGCAGAGAAUUUUUGUUCUGUUUUUCAGCCAAACUUUUGCAAAACCACAAGAUCAAAGUGUGCGCAAAAUAUGCAGCUUCUUACUCUGA